ACAGUAAUAUUUAUUUCUUGAAAACGGUUAUUGAUAACACAUAACACCUAAGACAUAAUAUAAACUUUGCUUGCAUAUGUAACUGUCAUGGAAGCAACUGUCAAAAUCGUCUCCUCUCUGGAUUAAUAUCAACCUCUUAUCAUAAUAUGAAACAAAAUUCCAAGAAGAAAAUGAACAAUGGUGUCAGACAUCAGCGUGGAACUUCCAUUCUUUCCAAAAUACGAAACGGAAUGCUUGUACGAAGACAAAUUAUGUGUUACGUGGUUCGAACCAAAUUUUUCCCAGUCUCAUUACAAUAUACAAAAUGUCAAUAAAGGAAGCAACGCAUGUACUCUGAUUGCGAUUCUAAUAGCUGCAAAAUGUAAUCAAUAUAAAGUAACUAUGAACAAUCCAGAGAAAUGCAUAAGCAUCAAAUUAAUUGUGAUACUUGCUGAAAGUAUGUUGGAAGGAAACAGUAUUCAUGAUAGCUUGAAAGUGAGCAACCAAUUGCCCCACAUCAACUUAACCAUUCCAGAAGCUCUUAAAUUUGCUGAGAGAGAUGCCGAGAUAACAGAAUGGAAAAGUGAAGUAUUCAUGGAACCGUUAGCUUUUACCCUUCAUGAAAACAUUACGAAGAGCUGGAUAGAAUGGACGAAAUUUCAUUUUGAGAGCGGCGUUUCAAACUUAUAUGUCACUUUGGUAGCAGAUUCGAGAACUGUUUUGUUCAUCAUACAAAUGCGGAGUGAAACGAUCACACUUGUAGAUUCCCAUCAACAUAGUUCGGAUAAAGGAGCCUUCAUAGCAGUGGUUCAUUUUUCCAAACUGAAGUAUCUCUGCCAAUUUUAUAAUGAAGCAUUACUGAAGUUUCACAAUUCAGUUCCACAACUAUAUGAAUUGUCGUUUUUGUAUUCUAAAGUUCAAUAAACAAUUUGAAAAUAUU